AUUUUUUGUUUGUUUGUUGAAUUCAUUUUUUUUUUGAUUUUUUGUGUUUCAUCGUCAAUUGAAAAUUCAAAAUGUUUCAUAUACCAUGAAUACUGAUAAUUAUUUGUCAACAAUUAACGUGCGAAUCGAUUUUAUAACGGAAUUACAGAAUUAUCCACACAUAUUGGAAAAGAUUUUUGCCAAUCUGAGACCAAAAGAUCUUCGUACAAUAUCAUGUGUUUGUCGACAUUGGCAUGACAUUCUUCGAAAUCAAACGCCAAAAGCAAAUCGUCGUCGUUCAAAAUCAAUUGAAAAAUUACGUAAAUUUAAACAAAUUAAAGGUGAAGAAAAUUGGCCAAUUGAUAUGAAAUGUGCAAGAUUAAAACGAAAACUUAGAAAUGAACGUCAAGCAUUAUCAUCGAUUCAAAACUUACAAUCAUCAUCAUCAUCAUCAACUAGUGAUAAUCGUUUAUCAUUUUUAUCACAAAAUUCUUCAGCAAUGACUAAAAACAAUGACAAUGAUGAGGUGCGAUCAAAACCAAAAAGAAAACGUAAACGAUGGACAUUGGCUCAGGUUCCAUUUAAAUCUUGGUGAUAUAAAGUUGAUCGUUUUUUUUUUUGUUCAAACUUGAUCUUUGAUCAUUCGUCAAGAGUAAUGAUUGAAAAGUAUUGUUUUUUAUCCAAGUUUCGAAUCAAUAUUUUGUUUUGAAAUUGUCAUUGUUUUUUAUUCUUUCUUUUUUUUA